AUGGGUUCUUAUAAAUCAAAAAAUCAUAAAGUGGACAUAAAUACACUACCAGUAGUAGAUCCAGAACCUGAUUACGUGAUAAAAACAAGACAACCUAUGCCAUCGAAUUGGUAAUUGAAUAUUUUAAGAGGAAAAAGAGAGGAUGAAUUAAGAGGAUUGUCAUAUGCAUAUGCUAGACGAAAGUGUCAUAAAGCUGUGAAUGAUUUGCUUCAAUGUGAAAAGGAUUACGGUUCUUUUUGGGCUGCAUUUGAUUGUUAGGCAGAGAAUCAUGAUAUGAAAGAAUGUUUGGCUCAUGAAUUUGAUGUUGAAAUGGAUAAAUUGAGAAGAAAUAUGAAAAUGAAUACAGAAUGGUGGUGGAAGGAUCUUUACGAUGAAAAUGGGGAAGUGGGUGAUUAGGCUAAAUGGAAAGAUGAGUAUUGGCUUCUACCAAUAUUGAGAGGCUACAAAGAUAUAUUAUAUUCAAUGAUAACAUCAAAUAAUUGA